AUGUGGCCGAACAGGCAUAGGAAGACGGUAGAGGAGGACGACGACGAAUGGACAGGAGCCACGAGAUGCGGAUUCGGGUUCUUGUUGCUGAUCGCCGUGACGUUGAUCUGGGGAGCCACGGUGCUCGUCAUCUUCUGGGCAGUCUAUUACAGGAAGGGUUUCGCCUGGCAAGAUGACAUCAAGCGACAGUUCAAUCUCCACCCAGUGCUCAUGACUGCAGGCUUCAUCUUCUUCAUGGGCCAAUCACUGCUCGUCUACCGGUCAUUCCGUUGCUGCAAGCGAGUGUACAACAAGCUGGCCCACACCGUGCUGCACAUGCUGUCCAUCCCGUGCAUCGUG